AUGUCCGACACCCGAUCCAGCGACGAAUCGCAACCUGACAUCCUCUCUGAUGCUUCGAAUGCGAAUGAUGCGGUGUCUCAGGCAUCCGAUGCUGAUCAACAUCUGCGAUUCAUCACGCACGACACCAUCACCGAUGAGGGCCACAAACGAUUAGAUCAGGCCGUUAUGGGAGAACUCGGAAUCGAAGGAUUGCUUGCUCACAAAAUAAUCGUACCCGGACAGCAUCUUAUUCAUACCGCGAGUCGCAUGUCCGUCUUGUGCUCAAUAUGCCAAACCGGCAUACAAGAGGGCCUUUCGGAACUCACCUUCCAGGAAGCUAGAGGGCUGAUAGAGGAGUAUCCUGAGCUAGGGGAGAUGGUGGAUAGGGCGUGGGUCAAUGGUGCAGGUUUUAAGGAUAUACGGCGCUUGGCGCUUCUCAGGCGUGAAAUUCCGCACGACAUGUCCAAUAUCCAAGGCAAGCCAGGCGACUAUCUAUACGAGGCGAGCGUAAAAGCGACGGAAAAUUCCUGGAAGCAACGCUUCGCAGGCCGCGCUCAUGUCGCGCUGAAAAGCCACAUCAUGCACUAUCAGACGAGCAUCACCAACUCUUAUGCGCCUCACUGCGCCAUCGUUCAAUCAACUGGAACAGGAAAGUCGAAAACAGUCGACGAGUUCAGCAAGCACGAUUUUGUCAUACCGAUAAAUCUCAGGAAACCUAGAGCUGGAGGCUUUCCUGCUUCCGACGAACGGGUGUACGACUUUCUUGAGCCCGGAUACCUCAGCUCUAUGAGCCCGGAUUUACUAUGGGCUCACAUGAACGCCUUCAUGUUCGCGCUGCUCGAGAAAUGCGAGAAGGUUAUCGUGGCUGCCAUGCUUGGCCAAGGUGAUAGCCCCGAAACCAGACUUGCUUGGCUUCGUAACGAAGGCGCUGCGUGGUUUCGGGAAAUGAUGACCGAGGGCCAAACAGUGCGCGCUCAAGGCGACUACCGCGUGAAAUUCUACGAAGAUGUCGUCAAUCGGGCUCAACAGCUGUCCGACGAUGCCGCUCGUGCGCUCAAAGCUCGCUCAUCGCUCACGCUCAUGAAGAGAGGAUCCUCCCCCGUUCAGAUACAGUUCGCCAGCGCAGCGGAUCGUCCUGUCGUAGCGAAGGCAGAGUCCCUAAUCCGCCAUUGGGGCUUUUCAAACAAGAAGCUAGACGCUCCUAUCGUCUACUUGGCUUUCGACGAAGCUCAUUCACUCUCCAGACCCGACGCGCAACCGACUGCUCCGACAAUCUUAUCCCCAUUCUCUCAUCUUCGCAAGAUUCUGCGGUCCUGCCGCGACUUGCCUCUGUUCGCCAUUUUCCUCUCCACCACCGGCAAGAUCACCCAGUUUGUUUUGCCUAAAGAAGACGACGAUUCUGAUCGGUUGCAGAGCGGAGAGCUCGUGUUAAUCCCGCCAUUCUGUGCUCUUGGCUGGGAUCAGUGCGCCGCCCCCUUCCCCACGGAUCAAAUGGAUUUAUCAUAUGUGUCUUCUCUAGCUUAUAAAGCUCGUCUUGGUCGUCCUCUCUUUGCUUCUCGUUACGCAGCAGGCCUGCGGCUUGAAGAAAUGGAGCGCGAAGAGCUUCUGAAGUCUCUGGUCGAGUUUGCGGCCAAAAAGCUGAUCAAAUUUGACCUCGCAUCUUGGCCCUCUGAGCUUAGUCCCAAACAGGAACUAGCAUGUUUAUCCGCCCGCCUGCCUAUCGAGUUCAUGUCGUCCAGCUCGACUGAAUCGACCAAAGACGAGCGGGAUCAAAUCGCCAAUCACAUGCGCGUUUGCCUGUCGGUCGACGAGUCUUUCCGUAAAUUUACGUCGCUCAACCCAUCGGAGCCGAUCGUCUCAGAAGGCGCCUACCUCCUCAUGAACAACAGCAGAAUCCGAUUCCACGCUCCAGCGGCUCUUUCUCGCGUCCUUACAGGCUUUUCUGUGCACCAGGGCGAUCGUGGUGAGCUCGUCGCCCUGCUCGCUCUCACCAUGGCUCGGGACCGCGUCGUCAGCCAGCAAAAGCUGCGCAUCCAGGACGGUGUUUUUGGCGUCGUUCCAUUCCUGGAGGCGCUCGUUACCAGGCCGUCCAAGGAAAGUGGGCGCUUCUGCGACGUCCUGAGGAUCAAGCCAUCCGUUUAUAGAGAUUCAAACGAUAAGAACGUCACGCUCGAAAAAGCGUUUGCCGAAGUCAAUCUUCACUUCAACCACUUUGUGAAGCGGCAACAGCAGGGCAACCUCGACGAGGAAACCACCAAGGGAUUCAUUGCCCGAUGCGCGGCGAUAAUGGCUGCUAACAGUCAAGGCGGAUACGACGCGGCGUUAAUCACGGUCCGUGGGAACGCGGUGGUGUUUCAAAGCACGAAAGGUUUGUUUAUCAUCCAGGUCAAAAACGACACACACUACACUGCAACAGUCGAACCCUUACUUUUCGACAAGAUGGAUCCCGUCUCGAUGGGCUUUAUCGGUCCUAAGAAGACGCUUGAAACGCCGAUCAUACGAGUCGUUUUCGCUUUGGCGGCCGCACGCCCCGCCAUUCGCUACGUUGAAACUCAGAAACAGGGCAACUUCACGUCUUACGAUAUUUGGAUCGCGGGUCUAAGCCCAGAGGUGCUUGCAGUCAUUGCCAAGCAAGAUCAAGUGAUCUGGGACGCGUUGCUUUCUGCGUCGAGGGGGUGGGAGAAGAUGUAUCAACACUGGGAUCCGACUACGGUGUCGCUGCUGAAGAACAUGGCACCUAUGGUCGCGGAUGCGGAGGACUUCUGGGCAUUCCGCAAUCGAAAGCCUGAGGACGAUUGA